AUGACGAAUACGAACAAUACCAAUGGAAAACUUUACCCCAGUCGUCCCCCUUUGACAGCAGCUGAAUAUGAUAAAAUACACAACCUCAUCAGCAUUCCGUCGACAAGCAAAAUCACUCCAGUUUCUCCAUACGAUUCGCCAAGCGCGAGGCCUCCCACGUCGACCCUGACCAGGGAUGUCCCGGAUUUUUCCGAUGAGCCUCUGGCGGCAGUCGGCGUGGGCAGCCCACUGUAUCGGGCAACAACCAACGUGAUCAACGCUCCACCCCAUACUGAUUCGCCAAGCGCGAGGCCUCCCACGUCAACCCUGACCAGGGAUGUUCCGGAGUCUUCCGACGAGCCCCUGGCGGCAGUUGACGUGGGCUGCCCGCAACCACGGGCAACCUCCGGUACUAUGCCUAACGUAAUCAACAGUAAUCUACCCUCGUGGAGCACGCAAAAUACGCCCAGAUCAACCGCAUCCAUCAGUUCACCAAUAACCGAAGCCCGUUGGAGAGCACAUGGAUCCAAUCAACUACACGAUGCUGCUUUAUUACACCGGAAAAGUCCAUCAACACCUGCAUGUUUUGAUUCGCCAAGCGCGAGGCCUCCCACGUCGACCCUGACCAGGGAUGUCCCGGAUUUCUCCGAUGAGCCUCUGGCGGCAGUUGACGUGGGUUGCCCACACUCACGGCUCCCAGUACCGUGCCACACUCGAAAGGAACCACCAGCAGUGAUCAGCCCUGCUGCCUACCUCGGAGCACGCAGGAGGCGCUGA